GAUACAUCAAUUUGGCAGCAGCUCUAGUCGCUGCAGGGGAUAUGGAAGGAGCGGUGCAGGCUUAUGUGUCUGCAUUACAGUAUAACCCUGAUCUAUACUGUGUUCGUAGUGACUUGGGAAACUUGCUUAAGGCGCUCGGGCGCUUGGAAGAGGCCAAGGUAUGUCAUUCAGGUCUGCCGCUGACAGUGAUGGGGCAUUUGAUUGUUUUUUUGUUUGUUUGUUUUUGUUUUUUUUUUCGUUCCUGUGUUCUUUUUAAGUGUGACCCCUCUUACUAAAGUCAUCUUUUUUCACUGACCUAUUAUUGUUUUUAACAAUUAGCUACCCCCCUCCCAUCUUUAGCCUUUUUUUGUCCAGUAUAUCAGAAAAUGUAGUGUAGUAUAAGUAAGUAUGUCAGUAUGCAUUGCAUAGUAUUAAAUCCCUUUGGUGUUUCGGACCAUAAAUUGUCUGAAGGACAUUUGAAAAAAAAUUAUAUUUGCUUCAUUUUUAUUCUGAAAAUUUUUUGAUAAAAUUGAAACAUUUUUUUCCCCUUUUAGUUUCCCCCCAGUUUAAACAUUUUAAAUUUCCCCCUCAACCCCGUAUAUUACCAUUUGUCUUUAUUCAUUUUUAUUUUACCUUGACCUUUUAUAAAGGUCAUCCUUCCCUUUAGGAAGAAAGGCUGCAUUAACUCAAAUACAACACAUUGUAAUCUUUCUGUGAAUUUGAUUGUUGAUUCAGGGGCGGAAAAUGCUGGCUAGGUCAGUGAAGAAUAUAUGAACUGAUAAAUUACUAGACUAUAUCUGCAAUGCUAAAGGUAAGAUGGUUUGUAACCUCACCACUGUACUCCAGUAUUUUCAACAAUUAAUAGACAUUACACCUGCUCCCCCCCACCCCCAUUCAGACUGAGUACUUUUAGGCUCCCAUUUGCCACUUCAGUUCUUUUUCCAUUAAAUGGGGUUCCCUAGAUCGGGUCAAAUCUGGAGAUGUGCAGUUGUCCGAGUGGUUACAGGCCAUCUUACUUUAUGAUAGAUGGGGGGUUGAGGAGUGGGGAUGGAGUAUCAGGGAGCGUCAAACUCCUCUGCUCUGUCGCUCCACCCCCCGCGCGCAUGCUAAGGAUUGGUGGAGUGUGCGCGCCAAGAGCUGUCUUCCUGACCUUUCGCCCAUCGUCCCAAAGUGCCAGAGAGCUCUUUAGCAGUGCUCUACACGCACUAAUUGCUGUUACCAGUUAUUUGUCCCAUAUUUUCUAUUAUCCCUCAAAUAGUCAACCAUACAGUUGUAAAAUCCUAAAACGUGGGUGCCUUUCUGGACAGUCCCUUCCAUUGGUGUCAGGCAGACAGUUCACAUUCUGUGCUCCACCACCUGCGUCAGAUGCGGUUCUAAAAGGACAGGCGUGCGCAGCAACAGCGAUGACUUCUUCAUUUCAGAGCUGUGGAGACUUCUAGAUCCAAAUAAACCACAGACUUUUCUCCCUACCCCAUUGGCCAGGAUUCAAGAGAGCAGGCCAGGACAAAGCAUUUUAAGUAUUAAAACUUUUCCUGUAAAGGCUAAAAGGCAGAAAAUCAAUGAUUAAUUCUUCUUCCAUUUUGCUUCAGAUCUGUAAUUCCCCCAAAGCAAUGGGAUCAGUUCAUUAUGUUGAUGAUCGAGCCAGUAACUGCCGUCCUGUUGUGGUAACGAAGUUAAAUCCUUGCAACCGAUUGAAAUUGAACCUACGGACACAGAAAAGCCUUUCUUCCCCACAGCAACCCCAAAACAUUUUUGUAUUUUCUUUUCAACUAAACGUUUUUCGCAUGAAAUACUACUAAAUAUACUGUGCUGUGUUAUGUUUGUUGUGUUUUGGAAGAACCUGCUACAUUUCCAUAUUGAAAGACAUGCAUUGUUUAUCAAAUUUACUAACAAUGUUGUUUCUGAUUUUGUCUCUUUUGGUUUUUCCUCAACUGAAAUUGUUGCAUAGAAGGUUUCAGGUGGGUGACACUAUUCCUGCGUAGGGGCCCGGCGGAAAGGAACACUAGGGGCAGCGUCAGUCUUCUCUUCUUCCAGCCAGCCGCGGCCACCACUCUGACAAAGUCCAAAAAUAUGGCUUGCUACCUGAAAGCCAUUGAAACACAGCCCAACUUCGCAGUGGCAUGGAGCAACCUUGGCUGUGUGUUCAAUGCCCAGGGGGAAAUAUGGCUGGCCAUACACCAUUUUGAAAAGGCUGUGACACUGGAUCCAAAUUUCCUUGAUGCAUACAUCAAUUUAGGAAAUGUCUUGAAGGAAGCCCGAAUCUUUGACAGAGCUGUGGCUGGAUAUUUGAGAGCUUUGAGUCUUAGUCCUAACCAUGCAGUUGUUCAUGGAAACCUGGCUUGUGUCUACUAUGAGCAAGGCCUUAUUGACCUUGCUAUUGACACCUACCGUCGAGCUAUUGAACUGCAGCCACACUUUCCAGAUGCCUACUGCAAUUUGGCAAAUGCCCUAAAGGAGAAAGGCAAUGUGUCCGAGGCAGAAGAGUGCUACAACACAGCUUUACGCUUGUGCCCAACACACGCUGACUCCCUUAACAAUCUAGCUAAUAUCAAACGUGAACAAGGCAACAUUGAGGAGGCAGUUCAGCUUUAUAGGAAGGCCCUAGAGGUGUUCCCAGAGUUUGCUGCAGCUCACUCCAACUUGGCCAGUGUCUUACAACAGCAGGGCAAACUUCAGGAAGCCCUCAUGCACUACAAGGAGGCCAUCAGAAUUAGCCCCACAUUUGCAGAUGCUUACUCAAACAUGGGCAACACAUUGAAGGAAAUGCAAGAUGUUCAAGGAGCCCUCCAGUGCUACACACGUGCCAUCCAAAUCAAUCCUGCUUUUGCAGAUGCUCACAGCAAUUUGGCGUCAAUACACAAAGAUUCUGGGAACAUCCCAGAGGCCAUUGCAUCUUACCGCACCGCCUUGAAACUCAAGCCUGAUUUCCCUGAUGCUUACUGUAACCUUGCACAUUGCUUACAGAUUGUGUGUGAUUGGACAGAUUAUGAUGACAGGAUGAAAAAAUUAGUGAGCAUUGUUGCUGACCAGCUGGAGAAAAACCGUUUACCAUCAGUACAUCCUCACCACAGUAUGUUGUACCCGCUCUCCCACGCAUUUCGCAAGGCCAUUGCUGAGCGCCAUGGAAACCUCUGCCUUGACAAGAUCAAUGCUUUGCACAAACCUGCCUACGAGCAUCCAAAAGAUCUGACAGCCAGCGGUGGGCGUCUGCGUGUUGGCUAUGUCAGCUCAGACUUUGGAAACCACCCGACUUCUCAUUUGAUGCAAUCUAUUCCUGGGAUGCAUAAUUCUGAGAAAUUUGAAGUGUUUUGCUAUGCCCUGAGCCCUGAUGACAGUACAAAUUUCAGAGUAAAAGUGGUGGCAGAGGCUCAUAAUUUCACAGACCUAUCUCAGAUUCCUUGCAAUGGCAAAGCAGCUGAUCGCAUUCACCAGGAUGGAGUCCACAUUCUGAUUAACAUGAAUGGCUACACCAAAGGGGCCAGAAAUGAGCUGUUCGCCCUACGCCCAGCACCUAUUCAGGCGAUGUGGCUAGGUUACCCUGGAACCAGUGGUGCUCCCUUCAUGGACUAUAUCAUCACCGACAAGGAAACUUCACCUGGGGAAGUAGUUGAGCAAUAUUCUGAGAAGGUUGCAUACAUGCCUCAUACCUUCUUCAUUGGAGAUCAUGCCAACAUGUUUCCUCAUCUAAAGAAAAAGGCAGUGAUUGAUUUCAAAUCAAAUGGACACAUCUUUGACAACCGAAUUGUUCUCAACGGUAUUGAUCUGAAAGCCUUCUUGGACAGUCUGCCAGAUGUUAAAGUGAUAAAGAUGAAAUGUGACAACAAUCAGGAACCUGCUACAGACACAAAUGGAGCUUUGUCAAUGCCUGUGAUCCCCAUGAACACAGCUGCUGAGGCAAUCAUCAACAUGAUCAACCAAGGCCAAAUACAAGUCACCAUCAACAGCUUUACUGUCAGCAAUGGCCUUGCUACCACACAGAUCAAUAAUAAAGCUGCCACUGGCGAGGAGGUGCCACGCACAAUUGUUGUGACAACGCGAUCCCAGUAUGGUCUUCCAGAGGACUCCAUUGUUUACUGUAAUUUCAACCAACUCUACAAGAUUGACCCACCAACCCUCCAAAUGUGGGCCAAUAUCCUAAAACGUGUGCAGAACAGUGUCUUGUGGCUCCUUCGGUUCCCCGCGGUGGGUGAGCCCAACAUCCAGCAGUAUGCUCAGAACAUGGGCCUACCUAGUUCUCGCAUCAUCUUCUCUCCUGUGGCCCCCAAAGAAGAGCAUGUAAGGAGGGGUCAGCUAGCUGACGUGUGCUUAGACACACCUCUAUGCAACGGUCACACCACAGGCAUGGAUGUCUUGUGGGCUGGGACACCCAUGGUCACAAUGCCAGGUGAAACUCUUGCUUCACGAGUAGCAGCUUCACAACUUAGCUGCCUUGGCUGUCCAGAACUCAUCGCUCAUAGUCGACAGGAGUAUGAAGACAUAGCGGUCAAGCUGGGCUCUGACAUGGAAUACCUAAAGAUGAUCCGGGCACGUGUUUGGAAGCAGCGUAUCUGCAGUCCUCUCUUCAACACCAAGCAGUACACGAUGGACCUGGAAAAACUUUACUUGCAGAUGUGGGAGCACCACAGCAACGGCAACAAACCUGAAAACAUGUUUAAAGUCCACACUGUAGAAAGCAGUGACAGUGCCUGAAUUGAUAUACCCUUGCUAACUUUUUCAGAAUGCCAGUGUUCUUCCCCACCAUCUUUUCCCCCCAAAAUCAUGAACGGAGAUCCUAGUUGGUAUGGAUUACUUGCAGCACUCUCCUGUGAAAGAUUUUGUCACGAUGUCUUGGAAGUGGGACUCAGCGUGUCAUUGACACACAUCUCUUCCCCAUUACAUUUUGAGACUAAAAUAGAAGAAAACAUGAGACAAUUGAGCAACCACUGAACACUCUUAAAUACUUUGAUCAGUAGUAGUUUUGUUUGUGCGGCUGUGUUUGUGCGCGUGUAUGUGUACAGGAGUAACUGCAGUUCGUGAAGAAAAUAUCCAACACAUAUAGUUGUAUUUAUAAAAGGAUCCAUUUUUUUGUCUGUAUGAGAAUGUCGCACAAUGGAAAUUUUUUUAUUAAGUUCUUCGACCAUCAAUGUCAUUUUAGCAGAAAUUGUAACUGCUCUCCAAUUUCUCCUAAGAUGUUAUUUAAUGACUAAAGGAGUAGUAUUUUUUUUGUGUGUAAUGCGAAAUCCUCUCCUUGCCAAAUCUAAAAUUUAGCUGUCGUCCUGUUUUGAUGUUACACUAACUAGCACGAAUGGUCGUUUGGACAAAAAAAGCUCAUGUUAGAAAUUGCAGUAUCACUGAAAGUGGAUCGAUCUCUCUUUAAAUCACACUUGAAGGAAGAGCCUAGGUAAGUAUUUUCUUAGCAGUUUUUUUUUUUUUUUGUAUGGUCAUGAGUUUAUCACGUAAGGUUUGCUCUGAAUAUAGGGAAAAUAAAGACGGCAAUUUCAAAUUUC